AUGAGCCCGCCGGAAGACAAGAAGACACCUCUCGUGGGCGGCCACGAGCCGUCGGAGGAUGCUUCCGUCAGCAUGUCGUACCAGACAGAGGAACUUCGAGGCUACCUCUUGAAGAAGACGCGCAACGGGAAGUGGCAGAAACGGUGGUUCGAGACGAACGGUUGCUUCCUCACGUACUACAAGAAACAAGGGCAGAAGCUGCUGGCCGCUCUGAAUUUGCCGCAAGUGGGGGAAAUCGUGACCCUACCCGAGGACACGGAAGACGGCCCGGGACUGUUCUCGAUUGAGCUCAAUGAAAGAAUAUAUACGAUCAAAGCAAAGCAUCAGGAAGAAGCCGCGCUCUGGGUCGAGGCGCUCGUGUGGCGUCAAAAAGGCGGAGUCGUCGCCCAAGCAAACGGAGACGAUGCACUGUUCCUGCAUGCAGCUGCUUCCACUGGAGACGACGCAGACUUGUCUCCCAAGGCCCCCACGGUUCAACCUCCCCAGCCCCUUCCUCCAAAGACCAAAGAGGUUGAAGAAACCCAAGACGUUCGUCGAUGUGGCUGUGGCUGUGCCAUUCAAUAACGUAACAAGAAGGCUGGCAUGAUCUCCGCCGGGUGUUCUUUAAUGAAUGGAU